AACAUUUGAAUAGCUCGAGGUAAUUUUUUUUGUUUACCUAUCAUCCGUGCAACAACCAUUGAGAAGUUGCAAUUAAUUUCUCCGGAAGAUUAAAAAAAAAAUUGUUAUAUGAAAAAUCUGUUGCUUUCAUACAGACGCGAGUUACGUAAAUUUUAAAAGAAAAAAGGAUAUUAUUUGAGAUAACGUGAGGUGCGUAUUUCUCAGCGAAUAUGAAAAAAAUUUACAUCACUGGAUAGAAGCUAAUUAGAAAUCUCACUUUGAAACUACGCAAUAAAUUAAAUUCCCCCUUAGAAAUAUUGUAUCCGGUCAAGCAUUAGAAAGUUCAAAGCUCAGCGAAAUACUAUAGGUCGAUGUACACAGGGACAGGCCGUGAAAAAAAUAAUAAAAGUAAAGUCAAAUUUCUUAGAAAGGCCACCACAUCGUACUCGCGCAGAGCCUGCUAAACAUCUCAUUGUUACAAUCAUUCUCAUUGCAACUCAUAAGACGCAAGCGAUUCUUUUGUGCUGCGCGAGCGGAUCGUGUUCUGCGUGUUGCAUGCAGUAUACAGUGUGUACAGCAGCACGCGGAGAGCAAGAAGAAGCAAAAAAAAGAGACACCGAGAGGAGAGCAGUGAGUACACUAUAGCACGGCAGCGGAGAAAACGAGAUUUUCAAGGAGAACGCGGAGAUUUAAACUGGGUGGGAGAACCGGCUAUUCUUGUUGUGCGGUAAAAAAGCUUCGCGGCUAUUGGUCCGAGAGGCCGCGCGUAGAACUGCCGCUCUCGGCACUCCGCGUAUUAUACACAACGACAGCAUCCCACUGCAUCGCACGCGGUGGCCGAGCCGAGGGAGCCGCCGCUCGAUCAUCAUAACAAUCGACGAGCUGAGAAUUCGUAAACCGUUGGAGAUCGCGUUUGAAUUGCUUUUAUGUAGUGUAACUCGUGCGCCUGUCUAUACAUGUAUAUACGUGCGAUCAUUAAAGAGGGAAUUAAAUGACCGGAUCUGAGAGAUUUCGACCCCUCGUACUGAUAACGCAAUAUGAGCGACAGCGGCGAAAACAAGUACAAGUGGACGCCGGACAGCACGAGCUUGCUCGUCUCCGUCUGGACGGAUAAACAAGUGCAGAAGCAGUUGGAGUUCGCCACCAAGCCGCAGAUAAUAUGGGAUAGUGUGGCCAAGUAUAUGAACAAAAAAGGAUACCCUGUCAAUGGUAAACAGUGCAGAUCUCGUAUGAAGCAUGUACUCGUUUGCUACAGAGAAGCUAAACGAGCUGGUACAAGAGCUGGGGUAGAGCAGUAUUAUGAAAGCAUUGAUCAAGUUCUCAAACUCAAAAAACAAGAGUACAAUGCCAAUCAGGGUGUUGAUACAGUUGGUAUGUACUUAGGUGCUUUUUUACAUUCUAAUCAAUUUUUUUUUUUUAUUGUGCAUAAUGAAUUUCAACUUUUUUUUCAAGAUUCUAAUGUAAAGUCACCACCAAAAGAUGUGAAACAUAAUAAAAACGUACAAAUGAAACAUAAAUAUCAACAACCACCUGAAUCUAUGUAUCGUUCUGAUGCAUUAUCUCCCAGCUGGAGUGGACGAGAUGAUGAUUAUCCAGAUUCCCCAGAAUCAAAUGUCACUGUAUUAGCUCAACCAUUUAGAGUAUUCUCACCUGUAAGAGAUGCAGCCACCAACACUACCCAACAACAAUUAAGUCACACCAAUAAAAAAGUUACACAACAAAAUCGGUUGUCAGAAGAAGUGCCAAGUAAAGAAAAUUAUAGACCAAGUACUGGUUCUAGCAGCAACAACUUUUUCAGUGAAGUUCCAUUUCAAAAUACUGUACAAAAUGUACAGAAUCAAAUCAUACAAGAAAAUAUGCAACAAAAUCAAGCAAUCCUGCAACAAAAUUUAUUACAAAACCAAUUACAAAAUCAAUUCCAAAUGAAUACUCUUCUGCGUCCAAAUGUUCCAAACAUCAACCCUGCUCUUUACACUGACCAAGGACUUCAAUUUGGUCAAGCUCAAAUGGGAAUGAAUGGAAUGACUGAAAAUGGAAUUUUGAAAAUGCAAGGCAAAAGUCAAUUAAACCAAUUUUACAAUCAAGCAGUUCCUCAAGAACCAAUAAGAAAGCCCAGUUUCAGACAGAAUUUAGUCUCCCAUCCACAAUUUCAACAAGAUCUAGCUGGUAUGCAAAAUUAUAAUUUUCAAAUGAAUCCACUAGGUUUAUUUUCACCUAGCAUAUCUCCUGACAUUGCCCCGAAUUUAAAUGAAGCAAUGUAUCAAAAGAAUGAAAAGAUGAAUGAAGCUUCUAGUAGGCCUUCAUCAAAUACAAGAAAUCAAGCUGACAUGACUACCAUGACAAAUAAUGCUACUUUUAAUGAUGAUACUAUUUCGAUUGAAUUUUUGGCUGAUUCACCAUCACCGGAUCACGAGCCUGUAAAAUUGAAUGAUUUUGGAGUCAAUACUGACGAAAUGCCAAACGCCCCAUUUCGAAAGAAAAAAGCUGAAAAAUUAGAAAAACUUAUGAUGAGUGCUAUUAGCUCUCAAAACGAAGUAGUCAACAAGAUUUUAGCAGCACAAAAUGAAAUGGUAACAAGAGUAUUAGAUCUCGAUCGCGAUCGGCAAAAUCGACUUGAAAAUCGAUUAGAUCAUCUUCUUGAUGUAGUUCAAACUGCCGUCCUCAACAAAAGUGGUGACAAAAGUGGUGAACUCAUUCCUCCACCACCUUUAGAGCCUCUGUUUUCAAAUUUGGCACCACCGCCAAAACCUGGUGUAAUGCCACCAAAAUUAGAUCUAGUACCUCCCAAACCAUGCCGCGUUCCUUGUCCCAAUACAGGCCAGCAAACUAAUCAAAAUCAAUUUCCACAAACGCGACCAGGAGUUGUUUCACCCAUUUUAAGUCCGACUAAACGCGUCGGAGCUAUUUGGCAAAAACUCGGACCUGUAUCGACAUCUCCUUUUGUGAGGGCUCAACAACAACUCGGAUUCAGACCUGUCCAUGCACCGGGGACGGAUAUCCGAACACAAUCGUCAGCCGAGCGUCGUAUCGCUAGAGAAUGCGAAGGUGCAAAAAUGGACACAAAAGCUCUGCAGCGAGAAACAAUUAAUUUUUUGGAAGCUGAGCGUCACAUCGUUGAAGAAGUAGAAAAUGCCCGUAUUCGUGCUGAUAUCGGAGAAGAAUUACAGUCGCGUCGGCGUCUAUUCACUCAAAGAGAACCUAAUGUUGGUAUGAUACUCAGUGCGGCUUUCAUCGAAGCUGAAAUGCAAUCAACAGAAAUAAUAGAAAAUGCGCGAUUGCGACAAAAAAUGCAGGAUCGUGAAAAUAACAUGUAUCGAUAUGAUAAUGGUCGGCGAAAUAUUGACGAAUUGCGAAGUAGUUACGAACGUUUGCGACAAUUAAAUAUGCACGAGCGUCAAGUCGGUGAUCCAAUGAACUCUUCCACGCCGGCAAAGCCUCCGCGUCAGCAUGAACAAAUAAAUCAGGAAGAAUCUCGUCCAUCGAUUCAGCAAUUAGCUCAACUUGUAAUGAAUAGCGCACGCUGGCGCACAAAUAAUGGGGUCACUACGAUGGAUGCAGCGAAUGCUAAUCAACGGAAGGAUUUGAAUUUUCGGGCCCCGGCGACUGGAAACGCGCAUGGAGAAGGCGAUGGAGUUACCAUUCGUAAUAAACCUAUUCAAAAUACUAUACCUACGGCUCCAGCUUUACCUGAUAGGUUGCCAAAUAUGGACAGUAACACCAAAACCUUGGAUUGGUUACAAGAUCGUUUUGCUUACGGGCCAACUAAGACGACUACUAUAAAUCAAGAGGUAUCAAAACGGGCUUCGUACGCACCCCCAAAAACAAUUGGAUUUACUACCGAGUUUUUGGAAGAGAGCAAAAAACGCCGUUCAGAGGGUAAUUUGAAUGCUGAAAAACGCGUUGGUUUCACUUGGGAUAAAUCAGAAGAAAAAACUGAAAAAGAUCCUCUUGAGGAGCUCAGAAAUUUGUACAUUCAAAAACAAAUUAAUAUGCAUCAAAAUACAGGAUUACCUUUCUUUAUUCAUAACGGAUGUGUUAUCACGCCAGACAGCGAAAAUUUCGGAAAGUAUAUACAAGAAGUAAUAAAUACUAAAAGUAAAAUGAAUGUUGAAGAUUCAGACUCAGAUAGAGACGAAGAGUUUAUGGACACAACAGCCACUAUGCCUGCUCGGAAAAAUUCGCUCACUUCGAGUGGUAGCAAGAAAGAUGGAGCGUGCAUUAUUAGUUAAACGAUACCGAUCGUUUAUAGAUAUUACUGAAUAAGCUUGUGAUGAGACGUUAAUAACUAGUUUAAAAAAGUUAACGUUAUAUAAAAUUUAUGAUGACUUAUUGAAAAAAUUGACGUUUUUUGGUUGAUGAACUUGAUGAACUUGUAAUGAACUUUGUGUUAGAUUUGAUCUUUGAAAUUAGUUGAAAUAAUAUGUAUUUAAAUUAUAAAAUAAUUGAAUAUUUGAACCUGCUGGAAUCAAUCAUUAUAUCAUUGCAAAUCAUAUUAGUUUUAAUUACAUAUAGCAUUUAUGUAUUUAAUCAAAAAUAUAUGAGCCUUUCAAGAAAUACUUAUAUCACGUUACUAAAUCUACUAGUAUAGUUUAUCUUCUAAUUGUAUAAGAACUUACCUUUAUUAACAUUUAAUCUUACUUCUUUGGAAUGAAGUAUCGUAUUAUAUGAACUCUUCGAAGUAAAUUCGAAAGUAAUAAAUUAAAUUUUUUCCAAAUGAUUGUAUGCAUUUAUAGUGCAUGAAUAUUUUGAAAACAAUACGAUGAUCUCUUUUGUUUUUUAUAAUCCAAGACUGGUGACUAAUUUAAAAUUAGACCAUAAUAAUACGCACUUUACUUACAGUUGACUUAUGUCUAUAGCUGCAAUAAUUCAAUGCCAAUAGAAAGGAAACGCAUAUUACUCGCGUAUGUUAUAAAACUUGUUAAAUUGUAUCAUUAUAAAUUUAACUGAUAAAUUAAUAAAUGAUAUGUCUUCCUUAA